UGUGAAAUAUUGAAGAUGUUACUGUCACUUUUAGUAACACUUGUUGGUUUCUACUUUGUUUGUUCUGAAAAUACACUACCAUCCUUUCUCCAUGUAUGCAAACGAGACGACCAACAUUUAUCUGAAUGUGUAAUAAAAUCUAUAGAAUAUUUGAGGCCAUACUUAAUAAAAGGAAUUCCUGAGUACAACAUUCCUAGUUUAGAACCAUUAAUUAUGGAAAAUUUCUUUUCAGACGAAACUCAAACUUUAAAAAUUGUUGUUAAUAAUGUAAGUGCGUAUGGUUGCAGCAAUUUUACUAUUAGUAAUUUAAGUAUAAAUUUACUCAACCAUGAGGUAAUUAUUGAUGUUGAGAUACCACAACUGAUGAUUGAAGCUCAAUAUACUCUAGAUGGAAAGAUUCUGUUGGUACCUGUAAAAGGAACUGGAAACUUGGAAGCCAAUAUAACUGAUAUAGGCGCAAGAGCAAAAUUAAAGGGCGAACCUUAUGAAAAAGAUGGAGAUAUAUAUGUGAGACAUCGUGAAAUAAAGUUAAAGGCGCGAGUUGGAGGCGGAUCUGUUCGUUUGAAAAAUCUUUUCAAUGACAAAGAUAAGGUUUUAUUGACUAUUAUCAAUGACGCUAUUAAUAGAAACUUACAACCCUUCUUGGAUCAACUGAUGCCCAUUAUCGAAAAUGCAUUAGGUAGAGUGUUUUUAAAUGCCGGCAAUGGUAUCAUGGAAUCGUUUUCAUUUAAUCAGUUGUUUCCCAAAUAAUUCAUCUAUUGUUGGCAAAUAUUUGUUUUAUUUAAAACGUACAUCUUAAAAAGGGCCUGGUAUCAAAAGCAGACAUGAUUUAC